GACAGAGUCUCGGGCGCACACGCCUCCUACCAAAAUCACAGCCCAGUGGAGCCGGGGCUCUCAUUCACAGCUUUCUAGAGAAAUCUGAGCCCGAACCUGCCAGAAUAGGAGAUCUCACCCACUCAGCUCACCAGCGAGGACACCUGCAGAAACACAUUCCCAAAGCAAGGCUGGGCGGCGGUGUGAAGUGGGCAAUGGCCUUGACUUUGCUUCUCUUUUGGAUGGCUACCACCACAUAGGACCUGAAUGUCCUACUGCUUCCCAGAACCAGAAAGAAGACCCUCUGUUUGUCUGUUUCAGCAGCUGUUUGGUAGCAAAAAUCUGUUGAAUGGGCCCCGAUUUCAGCAGACCAUCACGUGAAUGGGACCAGUUCCUCUUCUUUCCAAAUACGAAAAAUUAAGCACUUGGAAGGGAGAUUUGGCCAAGAUGACCCAUUUACAGGCUGGACUCAGUCCAGAGACUAUAGAGAAAGCUCGCCUGGAACUGAAUGAAAACCCGGAUGUUUUACAUCAGGAUAUUCAGCAAGUCAGGGACAUGAUCAUCACCAGACCUGACAUUGGAUUUUUACGUACAGAUGAUGCCUUCAUCCUGAGAUUUCUCCGAGCCAGGAAGUUUCACCAAGCAGAUGCCUUUAGACUCCUGGCCCAGUACUUCCAGUACCGCCAGCUAAACCUGGACAUGUUCAAAAACUUCAAGGCCGAUGAUCCCGGCAUUAAGAGGGCUCUCAUCGAUGGGUUCCCUGGAGUGCUGGAAAACCGCGACCACUAUGGCAGGAAGAUCCUUCUGCUGUUUGCGGCCAAUUGGGAUCAGAGUAGGAACUCCUUCACAGACAUCCUCCGUGCCAUCCUGCUGUCAUUGGAAGUCCUUAUUGAAGAUCCGGAGCUUCAGAUAAAUGGUUUCAUUUUAAUUAUAGAUUGGAGUAAUUUUUCCUUCAAACAAGCCUCCAAACUGACACCUUCAAUCCUCAAACUGGCCAUUGAGGGGUUGCAGGACAGCUUUCCUGCCCGCUUCGGAGGAGUUCAUUUUGUCAACCAGCCCUGGUACAUUCAUGCCCUGUACACGCUCAUCAAGCCGUUUCUUAAAGACAAGACCAGGAAACGGAUUUUCCUCCAUGGAAACAAUUUAAACAGCCUUCACCAGCUAAUUCACCCUGAAUUUUUGCCCUCCGAAUUUGGAGGAACCCUCCCUCCUUAUGACAUGGGAACAUGGGCCCGGACGUUGCUCGGUCCUGACUACAGUGACGAAAAUGACUAUACUCACACUUCCUAUAAUGCAAUGCAUGUGAAACACACAUCCUCCAACCUGGAGAGAGAAUGCUCACCCAAGCCGAUGAAGAGAUCUCAGUCUGUGGUAGAAGCAGGGACCCUGAAACACGAGGAAAAGGGAGAGAAUGAGAACACUCAGCCACUCCUGGCUCUGGACUGAAUCCUGAGUCAUCCAUGCUCCUGCAGAUCGCCAGCCUUCAGUAGUACCAGCCACCCAGGAGGCACACGCGCA